AUGGUUUUUGGAGGAUAUGAAUCUCACGGAGUUUGCCCUGGUUUCGUUGGGAAAGAAGAGGAGAUGCAGCAAAAGGGCACCAGGCCAUGCGCUGCCAGAUGGCUUCAGAUGGACGAUGAGAUGUUGUGGCAGAGAACAGCAGGCGGACCUUAUCUUUGUCAACGGCCCGCGGAAGCACGGCCUGUGGCAGAUAGUCUUGCACUUCCUUCUAUGAAGGGCGAAAGGCGUAGCUGCGCCCACGAUGUGGUCAAUGGCCGGAGUUGGAGGGCUUCGCUGUCCAACAUUUGUUUUGCCGCCGACGCACCCACAUGGUGCAAGGAUGUUCACAGCUGCGAAGGUUUCUGGGGAAGCGUUGCAAUGGGCAAAUGCUGUCCCGGCGUAAGGCUGAUGGACGGUGAGGUGUUGAUGGAAUAG